AUGUCAGAGCCCGCUCAAUCACCCCCCAAGGAUGCCGAGCAACCUGUUCAAUCCCCUGGAGACGAGGGACAAAUGGACGACUCACAGGAUCCGGCCGGCGCCUACGACUUUGACGGCGUCAAGGAACAAGAUAGAUGGCUGCCCAUCGCCAAUGUUGCCCGUAUCAUGAAGAAUGCGCUACCGGACAAUGCCAAGAUAGCCAAGGAAGCAAAGGAGUGUAUGCAAGAGUGUGUUAGUGAAUUCAUCUCAUUCAUCACGAGCGAAGCUUCGGAGAAAUGUCAACAAGAGAAGCGCAAGACAGUCAACGGCGAGGACAUACUCUUUGCCAUGACAUCACUCGGAUUUGAGAAUUAUGCUGAGGCCCUCAAGGUGUAUCUAUCCAAGUACCGAGACCAACAAAAUGCAGCCAAUCGUGAGCGUGCAGCCGAGAAUGUUCCAUGGGGCGGCUCCGUAGCAGGCGGCGAGCGACCCGAGAGCAGUGGCCCCGCGGCUGCUGGCUCCGGUACUGGCGACUUUGCCGAGGGUGCAGGCGGCACCGAGGCCGCAGGCGACCCCAACUACAUGUACAGCUCCGGUGCUACUGCACACAAUGGAUCCGCCGCGGCACCCGGAGCUGGCGAGGGUUAUUAG